GUAAUAAUUUUUUCCGGUCAUUUUUUAUUACGUUGCGUUACGUCUAUCUGAAUUGGGCUUUAUCAGGUAACCUGUCAUUCAAAAAUGUCAAUUUUGUAACCUCAAAAAAUACGUUGUCAAUUGAUACAACAAAAUCUAAUUUGCGCAAAAAUGACCGAACCAAUAAAUCAGAAAGAAUACCUGAAAAAAUAUCUCAAUAUGGGUAAAGCCCCUGGUGAAAAAAAGAAGAAGAAAAAGAAAAAACCGACAACGAGCAGGGUCCAAAUAAUCGACGAUGACGCCGACGCUAAUAUUCCAACCCAUGUGAUUGAGGAAGACCUUGCCCUUGCUAACGAAGAUGCGCCCCAAAUUGUGGCUAUAAUUGACGAAAGGCCCCCUUCGAUGCGCGUUGAUGAAAAAACAAAAAAUCCCUUAUGGCAACCCAUCGGAAGUGUUGAAAAUUCAGACACUUCCGAAGCAAAACAAUCAAUCAAGAGUUUCAAAAUUGCACCAAAAAGCACCGACAAGUUGCCGUUUGCGUUACCGGAUAAGUCGCCCCCCAGAAGAAAGAAGAAAACAACUCACGGCGACAACACGCCUCCUAGACGGACACCUCCACGGGAAAUCCUCAUAAAAGAGGAAAAUUCGCCCCCAAGAAGGAGCGACACACCGCCAAGACCUGUCAUCAAGGAAGAAAGACGAUCAGAAGCUCGGAGUUUUGAUGAUAAUUCACCCCCAAGGAGCAGAAAUGGUGAUCGUGACAUUUCGCCUCCCAGGAGUAGGAGAGAUGAUGACAUCUCGCCUCCAAGAAGAAGGAGAGAUGAUGACAUUUCCCCUCCAAGAAGAAGGAAAGAUGAUGAUAUUUCCCCUCCAAGACGAAGGAGAGACGAUGAUAUCUCCCCUCCAAGUAGAAGGAGAAAUGAUGACAUUUCCCCUCCAAGAAGGAGGAGGGAUGAUAUUUCGUUGCCUAGGAAACGGAGGGAUGAUGACACUUCGUUGCCUAGGAAACGGAGGGAUGAUGACACAUCGUCACCUAGGAAACGAAGAAAUGAUGGAAUUUCUUCUCCCAGAAAAAGGAACAAUGAUGAUAUUUCUCCUGCCAGAAAAAGAAGCAGAGACACUUCCCCAUCGAGGAGAAAAGGGCCUAAAGAUGGAGAUUCACCUCCAAGAAGGCACCCAAAUAAGACUGAAGAAAGACAGUCGGAAAAAAUGAAGAAAACUCUGGAUGGAAAAUCGGCUGGCCUUCAGAAUGCUCGAGAACUGGUUGAAGAAACGAAGCAAUUCCGUUCCCGCGAAGACCAAAUGUUCAAAACUCUGUCUAAAGAUGUUUCCGGUGAGAACGCGGCAACAGUCCAUCGCAACCGAAAAACCGGUCAGAUCCGCAACUUGGAGGAAGAAGAAGAAAUCCAACGAAAGAAACGCGAAAAAGAGGAAGAAAACAAGGAGAAAUACACGCGAUGGGGUCGUGGGUUGGUCCAGGUGGAAAACCGGGAACAACAAAUCCAGGAACAAUUGCACGAAAUGAGCAAACCUUUGGCUCGAUAUGCUGACGAUGAAGAUUUGGAGCGAUAUUUGAAGGAACAGGAACGUGAGGGCGACCCAAUGUUGGCGUACAUCAGGAAAAAGAAGAAGAAAAAGGCUGCGGAAGCAGGCGAGGUUGAGAAACCACUGUUCGAAGGCAAUUUCAUGCCCAAUAGGUACGGCAUAAGGCCGGGGCAUAGGUGGGACGGGGUCGAUAGAUCAAACGGCUACGAGAGUAAAUGGUUCGAGGUGCAAAACGCCAAAAAGGCCAUUCUGGAAGAUUCCUACAAGUGGAGUACCGAAGAUAUGUAGUUUUUUGUAAAUUAUGAAUAAAACAAAAAUUUUUAAUCAAA